CCGAGCCAGCCAGUGCAGCUGACCCCUUGUGCCUGGGAAGCCAGUCUCUUUUCCUUCCUUGGGCCACUGGCAUGUGUGCGCCUUGCGUGGCCAGGGAAUUGCAGCUGCUCUUGUUGAAGACGUUCUGACUUGUGCUUUGGGCUGAGAAUGCAGGCUGAGAAAUACAGGACAAGCAGUAGAAGUGUCAAAAAGGAGCUGGUGAUCGAGUCCCCCCUGCAGUACAAGGAUGCAGCUCAGGGAGAAGUGGAAGCAGAAAGCCCAGGCCCUGUGCUGGCAAAGCCAAAGCUAAUUGAGCCACUAGACUAUGAAAAUGUCAUCGUUCAGAAGAAGACCCAGAUCCUGAACGAUUGUUUGAGGGAAAUGCUACUCUUCCCUUAUGAUGACUUUCAGACAGCCAUCCUGAGGCGGCAAGGUCGGUAUGUGUGCUCCACGGUUCCCGCGAAUGCAGAGGAGGAAGCACAGAGCUUGUUUGUUACAGAGUGCAUCAAAACCUACAACUGCGAUUGGCAUCUUGUGACGUAUAAAUAUGAAGAUUACUCCGGAGAGUUUCGACAGCUUCCCAACAAAGUGGCCAAGUUGGAUAAACUUCCAGCUCAUGUGUAUGAAGUUGAUGAGGAGGUCGACAAAGAUGAGGUGGGACGCUCGCUUGCUGUUUCUUUUCACUUUAAACGUUGACUUUGCAGGCUUUGAAGCUUAUUAGAAAAAUUAUCAAGCUUUAGCCAAACACAGGAAGUGGAAUGUUUCAUGAAUCAGGGGAAGAACUUUUUUAAUGUCUUAUUGGAUUGAUUGGCAUAAGGUCUCUGUUUGAACUUGACUGCUUAGCAUCUCAUGUUCUUUGGGUUGUGUUUAUUUGUUCCGAGAUCAUUUUCAAAGACUUG